AUGGCACCCCAACCUUUCGCUCAAUCGGGAGUCGGCCUCUUGGGACCAUUCCCACCCGGGCCAGGGCAAGUCAAAUAUUUGAUAGUAGCCAUAGACUACUACACCAAGUGGGUGGAAGCAGAAUCGCUAGCCACCAUAACCGCAGUAAACUGUCAAAAAUUUUUGUGGAGGCAAGUCAUCACUAGGUUCAGAAUUCCAGAGUCUGUCAUAUUGGAUAAUGGGACACAAUUCACCGGCAAAAAGUUCAAAGAGUUCCUUUCAGGACUAGGAAUCAAGCAAAGGUUCUCCUCCGUAGACCACCCUCAAAGCAACAGACAAGUGGAAGCAACUAACAAAAUCAUCUUGAAAGGGCUAAAGAAACGGCUUAAAGGGAAGAAGGGCUCAUGGGCAGACCAGCUAGCCUCAGUCCUAUGGUCUUACAGAACCUCCCCCCAAUCGUCCACUAGCAAAACCACCUUCCGACUCACAUAUGGGGUCGAUGCGGUCAUCCCAGUCGAAAUAGGGGAGUCGAGCCCGAGGUUACUUCUCGGAGGAGGAAGCAAAGUAGUUGAGAAAGACCUAGUUGACGAAAUAAGACAGAUGGCACAUUUGACAGAGACAGCAAUCAAACAAAUAAUAGCUCUAAGAUACAACAGUAAAGUGCUAAAGCUAAAGAGAAGCCUUGGGGAAGGCGACCUGGUCUUACGACGUAACGACAUAGGACCACCAACUCCAGGAUAA